AUGUGUGAUAACUUAUAUGAAGAAGAUUAUGACGAUUUAUCUUCAGAGGAUGGUCCAGAAGGAGAAGAUGGUGAUGAUAGAGAUUCAGAUGACAUUCAACUUGAAGAAGCUUGUAUCGAAGCUGAAAUAGAAAAUAAACGCAGCGAGGCCGAACAAGCUCGUAUCGAAGCCAACAAAGGGAAAGAAAAAGCUCGAAUCGAAGCCGAGAAAGAAGCUCGAAUCGAAACUGACAAAGAGAAAGAAGAAGCUCGAAUCGAAACCGAGAAGGAACAAGUUCAUAUUGAAGCCGAGAAAGAACGAGCCAGCAUUGAAGCUGAAAGGGAAAAUAAACGUCUCGAGGCCGGGCGUGACCAAACUGUUAACGUGUCGGGCUGUGAAUCGAAGGUUCUGGACUCAGAAUGUGAUAUCGCCGAAGAUGCUCCACACUUUAUACAAUCCCUCCAAAAAUAUUUUCCUUCUACUGUGACGCUGUUUCUUGUUUUCUUCAUGGUCCUCUUUCUAACACGACUAACGUUUUUCUGCCACAGCCGACUGCCACUACCUCCUGGACCACGCGGCCUUCCACUUCUAGGGUCUCUUCCUUUCCUGGGUAGGGAUUUCCACUUGACCCUAACCUCACUAGCUCGAAGUUAUGGUCCCAUCUACCAGAUGUUUUUAGGCCGUAAACGAGUAGUGGUCCUCAAUGAGCCUCAGAUGGUUCGGCAAGCGUUCCGUCAGAAUGUGUUUUCAGGCCGUCCGGACACCGAACUUACGAAACUGUUGCAAGGUUAUGGUAUCAUCAAUUCGUCUGGAGCUCUGUGGCGCGAACAGCGUGCAUUUCUUCAUUGCGUCAUGCGACAAUUUGGCGCGAAAAACAUUGGCCCAGGAAAGCCCGCUCUUGAAAAAAAAGUGAAGGAUCAAGUCUUAGAAUUUUUAUAUGGAAUUUCUGAGCUAAACGGGACUCCUUACAGACCACGUGCAGCAAUUGCACGUGCCGUCAGUAACGUAGUUGGCUCUUUACUAAUGAGUGUCACUUAUUCAAAGGAAGAUACACGUUUCACACGUCUCUUGGAGCUCAUAGAAGAAGGGUUUAGUUUACUAACUCUGGCCGUUCCCGUAAACUUCAUCCCCGUAUUGCGGUACAUACCAGGUGGUAGCUACGCUUACCAAAAGAUUAAACAGAACCGUGAAGAGACAGCAGCAUACUUUCAAGAAGUAGCCGAGGAACACAAGCACACUCUAGACCCACAGGAGCUUCGGGACUUUGUGGACGCCUACUUAGUUCAGCUUCAAGAGAACCAAGAUGAUAACAAAGAGUCAUAUUUUUCAGAAAUGCAACUUCUGCAAGUAAUGGGCGACAUUUUUAGUGCGGGACUGGAAACAGUGACGUCAACACUUGAAUGGGCAAUUCUAUUCCUUGUAAGAAAUCCUGAUAUUCAAAACCGUGUACAAGAAGAAUUAGAUGUCGUUGUAGGGCGCAACCGUUUACCUAGCUUAGCUGAUCAAAGAGAUCUUCCAUACACAGAAGCUACAAUUUUGGAAGUGUUAAGAAGAGCCAACGUUAUCGCCCUAGGAAAUGCUCAUGCCACGCUUGAAGAUACAGAGCUUGCAGGUUACCAUAUUCCCAAAGACACUCAUGUACUACCCAAUCUGUGGGCCAUCCAUAUGGACCCUGAACUCUGGCCCGAACCGGAAGUUUUUAAACCAGAAAGGUUCUUGUUGGACGGGAAAGUAUCUAAACCAGACUUUUUUAUGCCAUUCUCCGUGGGUAGGAGGAUAUGCCUUGGAGACGUUCUCACAAAGAUGGAAUUAUUUCUGUUUUUAACUGGACUUUUGCAUCAGUUCAACUUGAGAGUUCCCGAGGGGGAGGAGCUUCCCAGCACGGAAGGCGUGGUAGCCGUGUCGUUGACGCCUAAACCUUUCCAAGUUCGUGCUUUACAACGAAACAAAACCUUGUUAACAGUGUGA